AUGUCGUCGCGGUUGCUGCGUUUCAGUUCCUUUAUUUUUGGUGCUUCUACCUCUUCAUUGCUCAUUUUCCCUUGGAAUCGUCACAAUGGGGAUCUAAAUGAUAAAUUCGUAAAAGUUCCCGCAUGUGAGAAACGAGGUACAUGGAAUCAUAACUGGGAUCUUGAUGAAGCCGUCUCUACGCCCCCUCCGACGCAGUACCGUCGUCUGAAACUUAUAAUUUUUGUCAGACAUGGUCAAUACGAUACCAAAGGUGCUACACCUGAACAGAAGGUACUCACGGAGGUAGGGUGGAAACAGGCCGUAGCAACGGGCAAACGAUUGCGAGACCUUGGAUAUCAUAUUGAUUGUAUUGUACAUUCGGAUAUGAUCAGGGCGCAGCAGACAGCUGCGGGUAUACUCUCUGAACUCGAUCAUGUUCAUUUGGCAGAGACGGGGAUUCUAAAGGUUAUGGACAAGUCUUCGGCUUUGGCGGACCAAGAAAUCGUGAUCCGAUGCUCACCACUGUCUUCCAAAUGUUGUUUACUCCUUGAGUCGCCUUUAAUGGCUGAAGGACCACCCCCGAUUGAGCCUGAGCCAAAUCCUCCCUCGAGGAUCAAGUAUCUUGAAAGCCUCUGUCCUUCCGAACUAUCCGAGCGCAUUAAUGCACAGAAUCGCAUCGGUUUGAGCUUCCAUCACCACGUUCAUCGUAAGCCAAUCUCCGAGACUGGCGGGCUGGCGUUUCGUGGUGGCCCCACGGGUCGACGACCCUUCGAAGUGGUUCUUUUUGUGGGUCACGCAAACGUCUUCCGAUAUUGGAUAUGUCGGGCCCUGCAACUACCUCCUGAAGCGUGGCUUAGAAUCUCCCUGCCUCAUGGAAGUAUCACUGAGCUAUUGAUAGAAAUAACGCCUCAUUCGGAGUGUACUGUGACCGCACUACGAAUUGGGGACGAUGGACACAUUCCAGUGGAACUGCAGAGUCGAUGA